AUGUUUUCUUCUGAAGAAAAGGAUACCUGCCAGUUGUUGGGACCUGUGUCUCUUUUGGUUCAAACAUUGAUGGGUAUAACAGCAGUGGCUGUGUUACUGGUUAAAAGAAACUAUGAGCAUCCAAGAAGGAAAAUGAUCGUGUGGAGUUAUGAUAUCGGAAAACAGAUUAUCGGUUCACUCGGAAUACAUUUUUUAAAUCUGGGUAUUAGCAUAUUGAAAAGAAGGCGGAAACUAUUUUUACUGGCCACCGGUAGUGAUGACGACGAAGACCAAUGCGACUGGUAUUUCCUGAAUUUGCUCUUAGAUACCACUCUCGGGAUCCCCAUUCUUUGGUUAUCCUUAUACACAAUUGAAAGAGUGCUAAAAUCUCUACAUUUUCAAAAUAUUGAAAGUGGUAAUUACUUCCCAUCUAAAAAGGUCAAGAAUCACCCUAGAACGCCUUUAUUUUCUGCAUUUGUGAAACAGCUGGUCAUUUUCAUUCUCGGGCUGGGCGUGAUGAAGCUAUGCGUGUUUUUCAUACUUAAUUACCUGGAGGAAUGGGCCUAUUGGUUUGCGGAUCUGAUCCUUGGCUGGUCAGAUUCAUGGCCAAACUUGCAGGUUUUUUUGGUGAUGUUUGUCUUCCCCAUUUUGCUGAAUUGCUUUCAGUACUUUUGCGUAGAUAACGUCAUCAAGUUACCUACAGAGAGUUUGACGCUAACUAAUGCGGAGAAUUUUGAAACAAACACAUUCCGCGAUGACGAAUUUCCCGAUCUAUCGGAAGACUGGACUUACACCAACACUGAAGCACCUAACAAAGGCAACAACGCUUCCAGCUAUGGCAGUAUAAUAUAG